UCUCUCUCCGGCUGCUCGUAAAGUAACGCGAAUGAAUGCGUAUUACACCCUAAGUUGAACCUUGGGACCUGCUGCCGCAUUCAUUGAUAAGGACUGGUGGCCCCCGUCUUCUUCAGCACCUGCGCCGAGCUUCCUUUUCAACGAGUAGAUUCGCCAUCGUCCCCAUCCGUGUGUUGAGUGGUUGGGGAAAGGGGUCCGCCUUGGACGGGAGACAACAAUUCAUACCGCUAUAUCACACCGGCUCUUGAAUAGUUGUCCCCGUCGUAGAGGUUUUCUGUCAACCGCAGCACUGGCUUCCUUCAUUACUCUUUUAGCAAUUGGAGAAGGUUGUUGGGAUCCAGGCCGCUAUAUUAUCACCAGACGUGAAGCACCAUGAGCCAGGCAGAAACUGAACAGUCAACGAACCCGAACCUGUCCGAACGGUCGGACUCUUCUUGCUCCUCCUCAAUAGAUCAACCGGGGAUGCAUGCCCCUAUUCCUACUAGGCCGCGCCUGAUCACGCGCAAGAGCAGCGGCACAUUGAUAGUACCUCGGGAUUCGACUGAGGUUGGCCCGAUAGAACAUGAGUACGAGGCCGAUGACGUGCGCGCUAUGAGCCCACGGAGAACGAGCGAGGACCUCGAGAAUCUGGGACGCGAGGCGCGCGAGGAGCUCCAUAGACAUGCCGCGGCCCUACAAGAGUCUCUAUUAAUGCUAUUUCAUCGCAUAGAAGCAGUGAAAGAGGAACAUGACAAACUCGACAACAACAAUAAGUUUUUACAGAAAUAUAUCGGCGACCUUAUGAGCACCAGCAAGAUCACGUCGUCAAGCAGUCGAGGCAGGAAAUGAGAAGCUACCAGUUUACGGAUAUCAGGGUGCAUAGCCCCUGUUCGUACAAGUAUUCGCGCGAACCAAGCAUUGGCCACGCUCUAUUAUCAGCAAUAGCGACGGAACCUGCCGGAUUAGAUUCGUCUCAAAGAUGCACUACCCACAAGAAUAUCAUCGUAGAGGUAGACGGCACCCUAUCACGAC